AUGGCUCCUGGAAUAACCUUCAAGAACCCCUUUACCGGAAGCACUCACCAGACUAGACGUGCUACUUCGGAGGAAGAGCGGGAGGAGACCGCCGCCAGUAACAUAUCUCCAUCAUCGUCGCCGCCAUCCCGACGGCGCUCUGCGCUCACGGGGGAUAAGGCUACCAGGCCGACCUCUGGAAGACUGUCUCCCCGGUCUGGGGGAGGAGACAAGGCCGCUGGGGAUGGACCUCGAAAGGAAGACGAGGACGUGGCCCCUGAGGAUUCGCGACGUAACUCUUUCCCCUGGUAUGAGAAGGGCGAAAGCAGUCUGAUGGCGGUCGAGCGGACGCAGAAGGAGCGCGCGAGGGUUGGGCUGCCGCCGCUUGUGUUUUCGGACGAGGAGGGGGGACCGUCGUCCGCACGAGCAGCGGCGGCAGCAGCUCUCCUGACACCACCACCACCACCGCAGCAUCAACAGGGAUCGCCGAGAGGCAGACGGAGGACCUCGCGGUUGCGGUCGAGCCAGGGCACGCUUGAGGGGAGCGACGAGGGCGGCGAGCUGAGCGGGGCGACGACGCUUGCUGGGUCGUUUAAUGAGCGCGCCUCGGUCCUGGAGGUGCAGGACAAGGGCAAGAAGAAGUGGGAUUAUGGCGAGGGGCAGCAGGGGAAGAAGCAGCGGGGUGAGACGCGGACGAAGGGCGCGGAGGAGGAGGCGGAGGACGGCCCAGCGUCGUCGUCACCAGCACCGCCGGGCCAUACGAAGCGGUGUAUGUUGAAGAGUGCCUUGGAGAGAGUGGGCAGGGCGUUGAUGUUCAAGAAGAAUAAGGGCAAGGGCAGUGCUUUGGACUGCUGUUUGAGGCAGAAGAAGUCGUGGGAGGUGGUGAAGAACAAGGUGAAGUUUCCCGAGGCGUGGUGGAGGGCUGGGUGGUUGAAGAAGUGA